GCAGUUUAUUUGCUUGGGAGUUUUAGAGGACAGGAAAAACUCAGAGGCAUUGAUAGAGUGCUGUGUAAACUGAGAUCAUGGUCAUGUCAGCUAUUCAGAUUUGUCUGAUUUUGUUGUCUUUAAGACAAUAGUUAUUAAAUUGGUGAUUCUAUUGUACUAGAAUAUUCCUGCAUAAAUUAGCAUAAAGAAAUGUGGCAAAUACUGACAUACUGUCAGCAUCAUGAUGUAACUACUCUGCAAUCUCCUUUACAUAGAAAUAAUCAGCUUUACCUGAGGAACAUUCAUACCAAAGAUCUGAUUUGAGUUUUUAAUGAAUACAGAAGCAGCACCUAAGAAGAUGGUAUCACAUCCAUGCCUUUUUGUUUUUGCUGUGUUUGGCCUCAGAUCGACCAUAGCCGGUGAGGUGAAGUGUAACAUUUCCGUUGACAGGAGAAAUGCAGUUUUGGACUGCCACCUACCAUGUGAAGGUCCAAUUGUGAUAACUUUUCUGAAGUGGACUAAGAAUGAAUCAACACUUGCUCUAUACCAUGGGUCCAGCUACACAUCUAAUCGCUUUGGAUUCAGGCAGCCAUGGAAUCCCAGCUCCCAGGACAUUUCUCUCCAGAUAAACAACCCUACAAAGGAAGACAGCGGAGAAUAUAUCUAUACUGUAAUUAGUACUUGUGAGACUCUUACGGGUUCUGUCAAUUUGGAGAUUCCAGAUAUGAAAACUACUUCUCCAGCACAGAAAGAAUGGGAUAAUGGAUCUGAAACAUUGACACAUAAUAGGACAGACCCCUUAAAACUAAAAGGGAUAGGAACAUCGAGGCACCAUCAAGUUCUGUUUGUGGUUGUGAUUCUCACAGCUGUCCUUGUGUUGGGGAUAUUUGUCUUAUGGAAGAGGAAAAAAAAUCCAUUUUCAUGCGCCACAUCAGAAACGGUUGAACCUGAAAGCAGUUUGCCAGUGGAAACAACCCCCUAGGAAAUUGCACUGAGUGCAGGGUUGAAGAAGGACUAUUACAGACAUAGCAGGGCACAGACGCGAAUCAAUGAAGCAUGAUUCUUGAAGUGAAAAUUUUAUUUUCUUGCACCUAAACAUGGACUUUUUCCAGUGAAUCCCACCAUGUGAACUACUGAUCAUUUUAUACCUGUACAGAGUUUUCAGCAUUACUUACUAUUUGCACUGGGUCUAGGCUCCAAGGUUACUGCAGUCCUGUCAUGGAUGAUGGCUUGAUGGAUGGAUGGAUUAAUGGAUUGAUUGAUUGGUUGAUUGAUAAUAUUUUUAAAUAUUACACCAAAGCUAUAUGUCUUUCUCAUACAAAUAAAUAAAGAUGCUAAUCAACUGUAAAUAGCUAUUGAAUAAAAUGAGGUUUUCACAAGGA